AUGCCAGAAAAGUUUCUGAGUCCGCUAAAAGCUGACACCCCGCCUCCCUCUUGUGUUCCUGGCAGGCCACUGAACCUGAGAGGGGGCUCGCAGGAGGGGAAGCCAGUCCUCCCUCACCACUCCCCCAUCCUCCUUGGCCCCCGGCGUGCCCCCCCUACACCCCCAGCCAAGGCGAGCGUCCAGCCGCGACACCCGGCUGGCUACAUUUCGCUUCUGCGUUACAGCGAGGCCGCCGCUCCGCUUCCACGCGUGGGAGGUGACCGGGGAGGGCAGGAUAUACCGCUUCAGGCCCGGCGGGGGGGGCACCCGGACUGGGGACCGGGGGGCCGAGCUCACUCGCCCCCAAUCGCUUCUUGCCCGCGGACUUGGGCCCAACUGGAGGCGGGGCGCCGGGGAAACGCAGUACGAGUAGUGACGGGAACUGGGAGCCGGCUCUACGCGCCUGGAGCGCGCGGGUCCCAGCGCCCAUCGGCCCGGGGUCCGGGGGACCCGCUGCCCGAGCUCACUGCGUGGUGCUAUCGCCCCCGGGUCCGCUGCGCCGCGCCGGAGCCCCAGCGGCCUUUGAGAGGCGUGUGCGACAGUGCGCGUCCUCUCCUGCAGCUGGAUGUUUCCUUGGAGCCUCUGGGCUUCGGGAAGACCGGCAAACGUCCCUGUGGAGCCAGCCAGCCAGCCACCUCUGACCCCGGGCUCAAGCAGCCAUCCGCGUGCUCCCUCCUCCCGCUCGGUACCCGGACAGAACAGUCCCUACCUUGCUCUUGGACACAGCUCCUCUCCCGCCAGCUCGUCAUUCAGCUGCCUCCAGAUUCCGCGUUCCUUGAGCAAAUGGCUCACCCCUGACGAAUCCGGCCUUAAAAAAGUCCCAGCCUUGAAAGGGGUGGAGACUGGUGGGCGGGAGGGAAAGGAGGUCAGACUCACGGCUGGGGUCGCACACGCAACACCUGAGGUAGGAGCGGAGGGGAGCCUCACUUCCUCUGACCCACUGAGCCUGGUGGCAGCGUGCGGAGAGAUGUCUCCAUCCCGCGCUAAAUGAAAUCCAACUUUCCCUGACGCACCUUGUGGGAUCAAAGAGGGGUGUUCCCAUGCUCACCUUUCGCCACUUCCUCCCUGGGGUAUCUCCACCUCUCCAACACAAACUCAAUGCCAGUUCUCUUUGGGAUGUUUUUGUGCAGGGGGUGUGACCUCCCCCAUAAAGGAACUCCCACCCGCAAGUUUUCCCCUCUUGUCAGUGGAACCUGUGACCAACGGUUCCUUCCUGUCCUUUUCCUCCCUGAAAGUGGCCCGGGGGCAUUCGAACAUGGCUCUAGACCCCUGAAUAGGGUUUGGAACAAAGAUGUGCCUGGGGAGAGGAGAACGCAGUGCUGUGUAUGAAACUUUGGGCACGUGCACACAAGAGCGCACACAGCAACCUGAACAGGUCAUUCCUUUUGAUAAGGAUGACAAAUACACAUACCAAACCCUGUUCCCCUCACCCACCCCAAACCAGUACCCCCUGGAUGAUUCCGGAUCAGCUCUGGAGUAUUUGCAUCAAGGGCCUGCAGACUCACAGGACCUACUAGAGCAAAAUAUCAGUGUCUCAGACCCCAGUUUUGGCCUCAAAUACUGGGUUUCUCUGCCUGGAGAAGUAGCUGCUAGUCUGGGAAAUGCUGGGCCUUGUCCAGAAAGAUGAGGUUUGUGAAUACGGGGUGUGGGGCUGGAUGGGGAAUUAAGGCUGAUAUAUCUGGAGAAACUUAAGUUGGGCUGGAGGCAACUUCUGCCCUGUUUCAUUCAACAGUUCCCUCCCCUCCACUACCCCAUUUAAUCUUGCCACAGCUCAGCUACCGGUGUAUAAAUCCUUGAUCUCUCUCCUGUUUCCUUUCUACCUUCCAUGUUUUUACUUACUUGAAAACAAUUUCCCUCUCCUGUGUGUAUUUUUUUUUUUAAUUGAAAUAUACCAGGCAUUUAGGAAAGGAACACGAAACCUAAGUGUACAGGUCAACAGAUGAUGACACAGUGAACAUCCCCCUAUGACCACCAUCCAGAUCUAGAAUGAGAUCAUUCUUGGCAUCCCAGAUACCCUCCUUCUAUCUGCUCCUGGUGACUAUGCCACACCUCUUCUCAAAAGUAACGCUUACUAACACUACAGGUUGGUUUUGCUUCUGAACUUUAUAUAAAUGGAACCAUUCAGUAGGUCUUAUUUUGUGUCUGACUUCUCUCACUAAAUACUACGUUUGUGAAACUCAUCAAAAACAUUGUGGUAGCAGUAGCUUAUUUGUUUUCAUUGCCGUGCGGUGUGCCAUUAAAUAAAUAUACCACAAUUUA